AUGAGAGUAUAUUUGAUGGAUUCAAAUUACAAUAUGAUAUUCUAUGAUUUUGAUCCAAAUCUUCAAUAAUUUAAAAUAUCUUAAAUAAUACAGUUAGGCAUAAAGUCAUUAGUUUAUAGCUUUUUGUUCAAUUUAUCUACAAGCGCAGGUUCUUUGUUAAUGUUUAAUAAUUUACAAAACCAACUUUUUAUAUUUGAUUAAGAUUUGAAAUUAUUAUACCAACCUUAUUAAUUUAUUGGAAAUCAAAUUGUACACAUAUAUUAGUAUGAUGACAAAACAUAUUUUGUCUUAAUGUAUGCUCCUCUAUACAAUUAAGGUUAUCCUUACUAUACUUCUAGCAUAACUCUGAAUACAACUAUUUAGUUCACCCAUUAUUAUGACUUCAUUUUAGGAUCUUAACUCUUGACUGUUGCAUAAUAUUAGCAAUAAUACCCUUUUGUUAAAAUAGUUCAUGUCUAACCAUAAAGUCCCACUUCUACUUUUGGAGAAGGUAGAGUUUAUACACAAACUUAAGCAUUACAGAGAGCAAAGAAAAUAUCAACUCCUAAUGACAAAAUUUCUAAUUGUGUAACAAAUGCUUAGAAAACAGUUUAUGUAAUAGGCUCUACAACUGGAUCAUUAAUAGUAAUUCCAGAAAAUAAAAAUAUAUACGGAAAUGCACUUCUAUAAUAUUCGCUAGAUUUAACUUAAUAUAAAAUUUUAUCACAACCUAAUCAUUAAGAGUUUUAAGCUUGCUUUUUCUAAGAUAUUGUUAUUUUAUGUAAGAUUAUUUCUAGCUAGAUAAAGUCUAUAGUUUUGAUGCAUGUUAUAGCAUUCACAUCACUAGGAGCAUUUAUUUUCACUAGAUAAAAUCUUGUCUAAGUUGCAAGUUUCUAACCACCAGGAGCCACUUUGGUUAAAGGCUAUUACUUUUCUGAAAUAAAUACUCUAGCUUAUAUCACUAAUGAGAUAAGAUACGGAUAAGUAAAAUUCUAUAGUUUAGAUACUUUGUAAUCCACAGGAAGCGUUGUAAGUACUUUUCCAGAAUUAGGUAUUGGCACUGUCAUAAAUAUAUUCUAUGAUUCAGCAAAUAGCGCAUUUAUAUUUGCAGAUACAUAUGGAAAUUUUUAUUACACUCUUUAUGGGUCCUAGCUGUAUGUGUUCAAUGUGAUAGGAAUUUAUGAAUUUGAGCAACAAUUAAUAAGUGCUCCUAUUGACUUUUUUGUUGAUUUUAGGACAAAUUAAAUAUAUCAUAGAUAUGAGAAACUUCGUAUAUAAUAAUACAGUAAUCUAUACUAUAAGCACGAGGGAUUAAAUAAAUGUCUUUUAAAAUGUAAGCUUAUCAUAACCUGCAUAUUAAAUAAAUAUUAGUUUGAGAUAAUAUUUAUUUAUUGA